AUGGCUGAAAAAAAGGAUUCUUCCACAAUCUUACGGGACCCGUACACAAUUAUAGAGGAACCUUCGGCAAAAACAGAGAAAGACUUAGUCACUCAUCAACAACAAAAUGAAGUUGCGGUCGACGAAGAACGUCUGGCGAUGAGAAACAAUGCUGAGCUUCACAAUGGUGUUAUCGUUUUGGAUUCAAUUCAGAUUCCACAUUUAGAUGAUCCUGAAAAACAAAAGGAUGUACUGGAAAAAGAUAAUGAAGAACCCCCCGAAUUUACAGUCCGCCUUGGCACUUCUCUCACUAGAAAGGAUGCGGACGUCAGGGCAAGAGUACUGCUGAAGAAACUAGCUGUUAGGUCUACUUCACCUCAUCCGAAGUCUUCAGUGUCCACUGUUGGGUCAGUGCCGCGGUCAAGACGAGCCAGUGUCCAAAAGGAGAGGGAACGAACUCUAAGAAAUAUGUCACGAGCGUUAGGAAAAAUGUUAAGAUCGAGAAGAAAACAUAGUUUGGGAAAUAUGUCAGACACAAUAGCGGAGUAUUGUCCUACAGAGCCCACGGAAAAGCCCUAUCUAAAGUUCAGAAGGAUUGCCCGAACUGUGAGGCUUUUGGCAAGGAUACUGUUGGCACUGAAAAGUUACGUACGAGAGCCAGAUAGAAGUGAGUGGUCCUUUAUGGAAAUGUAUCUACACGUUCGCGACGACCUCCACAAAAAGGUCGCAUUUAAUCCUCACAGUUACGUCAAAGUUGAACCGAAACGAGACAGGCUGAAACGGUUGCUCUCCAUUCCUAAAGGAACACGGACUCUUGAUGAUGUGAAAAUGAUUCUCAGCCUGAUGCGAGAUAACACUUCAUUUAAAGACUAUCCAGCCCAUACCCAGAUACACUUAGCAAUGUGUAUGGAAUACCAGACAUACGAGGCACGACGUGUAAUAUUGAGACAGGGUCACAUACCAUCAGCCUUCUAUAUUAUGUUGUCUGGAGCGGCAAUUGUCAACACUAAAGACCUUAAUCCUAGCACUGGAAAACCAUUUUUCCGAACUGUACAUGAAAUCGUAGCUGGGGACAUAUUUGGGGAAAUAGCAUUACUAGAAAGCGGAAGACGAACAGCUACUGUUAUUUGCAAGACCCCGUGUGAACUGUUAGUAGUUCAGAAAGAGGAUUUUGACGAAAUAAUCAAAGUCCCACUUAUGCUGGAGAAGGUGGAGCAUAUUAACUUUUGCAGAGAUCUACCAGUGUUUAGAGAUUUCCCUUGUGAGGUAUUCGCAGACCAUACUAGUGGAUUCUUCUAUCAGUAUUUCAGGAAAGGUGAUGUAAUCGUCAAAGACAGCAGAGAUAGCAAGUUUGUCAUCGUCGUGGCAGAGGGGGCGUGUCUGAUGCUUAGUGAUGUCAUAGAAACAGAGGCAGACCGCACGCAUGGUCCAAUGUUCGCAAAACACAUGGAACAUGCAUUCCCUCUUUACACAGAGAUGAGAAAAAUACGGGCAAAAGCCAGACGCCAAAAAACCGAUGACUCUAAUGAGACGUCACUUGGCGUCAGUCUGCUCACAGGGACGCUUGAUUCGUAUAAACAGGAGGCUAAGACAAACCUUAGUCGGAUGAAUAGACGGAAAUCUCGACACAAUCUGCUCACGAGAAGUAACACGCUUGGAUCACUCUCUGACCAUACUGAAAAAGGACAAAAGACAAGUGUGGUUGAGGAGGCUACCACGCCACUAUGGACAGAUAGAGUGAGAGGACAUACGCAUCCUAAUGGCUUCCGACACUCAGCGGAUGUACAUCGUAAAUCUUCCAAAAGAGAUUGUCAGCGUACUCAGUCACGGUCAGCCAACGUCACAAAGAGCAAGUUCAAUGAGAUACAAAUGAUAGCGGAUAGCAAUAUACCACCACAGCCAGGUCACCACCAUCAUCAUCAUUUCUCAGAACCUCGCAUACUUCACGCUCAAAUUUCUGAGCUAAAGUCAGGCUCCGUAUUUGGUUUGGAGGCUCUCAUUUCCCGCCCGUCUACAACGUUAAGCCUUGUCAGUGACGGAGCCGAGUGUAUCUUCAUUUCUAAGAGGCUGUUUUUGAGGGAAGCUAAUAUAAAAGUCCUACGUAUUGUGACAGACUUGGUACACAAUCAUCCAUGUCACGACUAUAUCAAAGAACAAAUCUAUACAUACCGGAAAUGGAGUAAGUACAAGAUGGAUACCGUGCUGGAUGUAGUUGACAGACAUCGUAAUAUGGAGUUUGCAAUAGUUGGAGGAACGCCAGAUAAAAAGUUUCCAACACCAAGUGAAGUUUAUAACUAA